UGGCAGGAGUUGCUACAACUGUGGACAGGAAGGGCAUUAUGCACGCGAUUAUCCGGUGGGAAGAAGCCAAGCCCUUCCACUACCGCCACCACCGCUUCAGCUGCAGGGCAUGUAGGGGCAGCAGCUAGCCCAGCAGCAGCAACGACAGGGAACAUUCGCCAACAAUGCAAGGUAUUGGCAGAAUAGAAGAGAACUGGAGGAGGAUGUGAAGACAAUGAAGGAAUGGUUCAAGGCAAAGAUGCAGCGGGAGCAGGAAAAGAUGGAAAAGAAGAGGGAGGAAGAGGAGAAAGCAAGGAAGCUCGAGGAGCAAAGGAGAAGGCAGCAGGAACUAGAGCGGAGGCAGACCGAACUACGGCGACUUAACGAAGAGACGGAGAUGAAGAUUAUGGCAACGGUGGCAAGGGAGUUGCAACUUUUCCGCACGGAUGUAAGUAAUGAAAUACAGGCUACGCUGGCCGCUAGGGCCAAGACGCCGAUGGAGAAGGGGAAAGGGAAGACCAAGGAGAUCGAAGAGAGAGUAACAGAAGUACUACUUAAGUAUCUGAGGGGAGAUAACGCAGAAAGCUCACGCGAUGCGGAGGAGCGAGGAAGGUGGCAGUUUACGCGGGCAAACCAAGGAAGGCAUACGGGAAGACGGCUAUACUCUCCGGACGGUACGAAUGAUGGGGGGGAGGUCACACCAAAAGCAAGCAAGAAAGGUCAGGUAGGCAAAGUGAAAGGUACGGAGAGAAAGGUACCGGCGACAUGCAGCAAGACGGGCGUAAUCGAGUAUGUGCUGAACGUCCAGAAGAAGUUGGGAGAAAUGAUGGCCCAAGAGAUCAAGCGACGCUGCCAGCAGGAAGGACUGGACUACGUCAACAAGGAGCAGGGUGUGCGGGAACUGGUCCGAGUAAUGGCAAGGUUGGCAUAUGAAGGAUGGCUGGGGGACGAAGGGGAGGAGGACGCCGCGGUAGAGGAGGACGAGCAAGAGAUACCGGGGGUAAAGGAGCUAAUCUGCAAUGGUAAGAACAUUACGAGACCGACUCGGGGAACAGGGGAGAGAGAACUGGGAGAGAGGAUCUUUACAGCACUAAAGGCGGCCGUGGGAGAUCAUGUGGACGUCCAGCGGCAAGACAUUCAGGUGGAAAAAUGCUACGUGAGACGAACCCACGCGGAUCUCACGAGUGCAACAAUUACGAAAGAAGAGGUCACGGAGGUUAGGAGAAGGUACGGGCACUUGGUAAUCACACCGGUGGACAGGAACGCAGGGGAGAUGGUGCUGUUGUGUCCGUCUACUUACCAGCACGCACUAAAAAGGAUGUUCAUCUACAACGGUGCCUACAAGCACGAGGAAGCGAACGAGAAGGAGAUUAUGGCGACGGCAAGAAACGACUACAUGAAGGCGGGGCUGGAAAGGAUAGCGGAGUGGGACAGAAAGGGCAAGGUGGGCUGCGCGUACGUGAUCCCAAAGCAAAAAGACCUCGGUAAGCGGAGACCUAUUGCACCAGCUAAUAGGGAGCCGACCAAGACGGGGACCAGGAGGGUAGCCAGAGCACUCAACGUCCUGCUGGCGAGACUUCCGGAGGCCAUGCACUUCAAUAUGGGGGUAACAAUGCAUCUAAAGGAGAGGCUCGCUCGGACUGAGAAGAAGUACAACGGUAAGAAAGGGGAGGCGAUAGUUCUGCUACGAAGUUAUGAUAUAAAGGAGAUGUUCACAUCAUUGCCGCAUAAUGCGAUCAUAGAUGCAGUGGAUUGGCUGCUACAGGAAUGGGAGGCGAGAGGAAGGGAGAAGGUGAGUGUGAGCAGAAGAGGGAGGGAGGUGGUGAUGAACAAGAAGAGUCGAGGGAAGGGAUAUGUGCAGUUGACGUUCCAGCUCAUAAGGGAGUAUGUUAAAUUUGAGCUGAGCCACACAUAUACAACCUGCAGGGGAAUGUUGCUGAAGCAGAUCGUGGGAAUACCAAUGGGGAAGAACUCGAGUCCGCCAUUGGCGUGCAUACUGUGCGAGAGGUAUGAGACGGCGUUCAUGAGAUCAUUGGGGAAGGACAGAGCGUUAUUUCAGGGAAUCAGGUUCAUGGAUGAUGUUACGACAGUGGUACUAGUGGACAGAAGGAGCGAGGGUUCAUUCCGCAAGGCGGAGAAGAUGCUGAAGGCCUUUGAAGAAUGCUAUGGAAGGAGACUGGUGUUGGUAAGAACCGAUGAGGGAGGUAACACUAUCGACUUCAUUGGCACGAAGGUUGCAGCGACUGCGUGUCCAGUCAGAUUCCUGAUCGCACCUCAAUUGAAGAAUCAGGAAGCUAUCAUCAAUGGGGAGAUACCGUAUAGGAGUUUUCAGGAUUACGACUCGUACUCGGACAAGAGGCCAAAGUACCGCGCUAUCAUCGGCACGCUGCAUAGGAUCAGACGCUUGGCAAAUGCGGGGACUGCAGUGAUCCAAUCUGUGCUGGCCAUGCGGCUGGAACUCCGACGCCGGGGGUAUCCCCCGACGUUCUUCGCAUCUGCCCUGGCAAAGUUCGCCAGGGGAACCAUCGUGAGCGAGGAGGCAUGGAGAACGCUCCUCGACAGCAUGAUGGUACGGUACAACAGGAGGGUACAUUCCGGGCGGAGGAGGAAUCAAAAAUAGGAAAGAGCAGAGAACACGCAGGGAAUAAGCGGGCAUUAGGAUAUACGGGCGUAAUUAUCUGAGUCUUACGCGGUUAGUAAUUAUAUUUAUGCGGUACUUUAUUACUGUAAUUCCUGUAAAUUAUGUGUAAUUAUGUAAUAUAGGAUAGAAUGGUCAUGGACGGUUAAGGGGUAAUUCUGUAAUUUGUAACUUUGUAAUUCGUAAUAAAAUCAUUUGUAAUAAAGUAAUUUGUAAAUU